UCAUCAAUUCAUUCUCAUGUUAUUCUAUAUGUUUGACUGAAAAAUGGCAAGAAAUACAAUAUAUGAUGCUGCCCAUAGGGGAGAUUUUGAUUUUGUUUCGAAAAAACUGGAGGAAGACCCUAAAUUAUUGGAGGCAUUAGAUACAAGUAAAAGAUUGCUUAUACAUUGGGCUGUUCUUAGCGGAAAUCUUAAACUCGUUACAUAUUUAUUCGAAUUGGGUUCUCCUGAUAAUCCAGCAGAUGAUACAGAUAAUACACCAUUAUUAUUGGCUUGCUCUGCAGGACAUGUUGAAAUUGUGAAACUUCUCUUGCAAAAAUGUAAAGAUAUUAACCACAAAAAUGCUCAGGGUCAUUCCCCUCUUCAAUAUGCAGCUUCAAAAGGAUGGGCCCAGAUAUGUGCAAUGCUGCUAGAAAAGGGUGCAGAUAUCAACAUAACAGAUGAAAGGGGAAGUACACCUCUGCACAGAGCUGCAUCUAAGGGUCUACUCCAAGUGGUUAAUCUUCUGCUAGAUCACAAAGAUGAGUUAAAAAUAAAUUCAAAAGACUUAUAUGGAAACACAGCCCUUCAUUAUGCUUGUGAAGAAGAUAGGCAAGAAGUGGCGCUGCUUUUAGUCAAAAAUGGGGCUGACCUGGAAAUUAAAAAUAAAGAAAACCAAACCUGUUUGGAUAUGUGUUCACCAAAACUUGUUAGACUGCUUAGUAAUAAGAUGACUUCUUAAGUUUUUAUUUGUUUUUUAUUUUCCACCACCAGAAAUAUUAACAGAAUCUGAAUUUCUUAUAAAGGACCAAGAAUGAUCUCGUUAGUAAGCAAAAUCAAAAAUAUAGUGUUGAAAGUAAUUUUCCAUGUCCUGUUUUUCUCUAGAUACCUAUAAUUCCAUGCCCACCCAUUGAAGCAUCUAGCCAGGGUAGUAGAAGUAGUUUUCUGUGAUACAGACUUUUGAGUUUCUACUUAUUUAAAUCUUUGCUAGAUUUGAAUUUGGAAUUAUUUUACUUUGAAUUGGUUUGACUCCUCGUAGUUUAUUUUGGAAGUAGGUUCACCACUUUUUUAUAUAUCCAAAGAUUAUCAAGAUGAGGCACUAAAUUCAUGAAAAAAUAUCACAAAUAAAAAAUCUAUAUAAAUAGGUAUUUUCAGCAUGAUAGAAUAGUAUCAAGUGUAAAACUAGAGACAGUGGAAUUAGCUUUUUUGGGACUAAUUUCAUAAUAGAACUGUAAAGACAGAUUUAACCAAAGCAUGCUUUCUAUUUAAAGUUCACAUUAAAGUUUCUUUAAAAAAAAGUCAAUGGUUUCCCUACAAAAUUUCACAAUGUUAGUAUAGUCAGAAAAGUAAAACCUAAUAAAAAACUAUUUUGUACUUCUUGGCAAGAGAAAUAUUUAAAACAUAAGUACUGAUAUUAUUUUUUAUCCCUUUUAGAACGGUUUCCUCAUAUACAUAUGUGAUAUAAACAAAAUAGGAUAAAAUUAUAUAUGUGACACUAUACCAGUCGUGUCACAAAGCAGUGACCAGAGAGAAGACAUUUAUCUCUGGCAGUGAUAUAACGUAUAAGACACACUUUAGAUUCUGAUUUGCCAGUAGGUCAGGUGUCAUAGGUGUAAUAGUACCUUUUGCGUGGCAACAAUGACAUCAGAAGAUAACAUACUACUUACUAUACUUAGAGGACGCCUAUGAGGUAAUAAGCGAUAUCUCUUAUAUUUAAUCGCUCGCUCUGACUUUCUCUCUUGUUAUUCUUACACUUCGGUAUAUCCUUUAUUUUGAACGUUCUAUUUUCUUGGAAUACUUAAUUAUUCUGUCAUAAUCUUAGAAAUUGAAGUGAUGAGAUUGAAGAAAUAAGUUUCAAAAAUAUUUCUAUUCGAAAAUAAACACCUUAGUAUUUGACUCUUCAAUAAGAGCGCCCUUUCAAACAUUGCCCCUUUAAAUUUUCUACUUAAAUUGAAAAUUUAUAAUUUAAGGGUGCAUCGUAGAUAAAUUACGUACCUAGGUUCAAACAAAAUUAUGUUAUUGUGAAUCGGAAAUCUCGGGCAUUUUUGAG